AUGGAGUUCACUGAAUCGUACAAGCAAACGGGUCCUUCUUCUUUCUCUCCCAAUGCUCGUUUCUUAGCCGUCGCUGUCGAUUAUCGCCUCGUCAUUCGUGAUACAAUCUCUUUCAAGGUUGUGCAAUUGUUUUCAUGCUUGGACAAGAUUAGCUAUAUUGAAUGGGCCCUUGAUUCUGAGUAUAUUCUUUGUGGUCUUUAUAAAAAGCCAAUGAUACAGGCUUGGUCACUGAGCCAGCCAGAGUGGACAUGCAAGAUAGACGAAGGUCUUGCUGGUAUUGCAUAUGCUAGGUGGAGCCCUGAUAGUCGUCACAUACUUACGACAUCAGAUUUUCAGUUGCGUUUAACAGUUUGGUCAUUGGUAAACACAGCUUGUGUGCACGUGCAGUUGCCAAAGCAUGCUUCCAAGGGGGUUUCCUUUACGAAAGAUGGAAAAUUUGCAGCGAUUUGCACAAGGCGUGAUUGCAAGGACUAUGUAAAUCUGUUAUCUUGUCACUCAUGGGAAAUAAUGGGCAUAUUUGCUGUAGACACUCUAGACUUGGCUGAUGUCGAAUGGUCACCUGACGAUAGUUCUAUAGUGAUUUGGGAUUCGCCUCUUGAUUACAAGGUCCUAAUCUAUUCGCCAGACGGAAGGUGCCUUUUCAAGUAUGAAGCAUAUGAAAGCGGAUUGGGAGUUAAAAGUGUGUCGUGGUCUCCUUGUGGUCAGUAUCUGGCAGUGGGUAGUUAUGACCAGAUGCUGCGAGUCCUAAAUCAUUUAACUUGGAAGAAAUUUGCAGAGUUUAUGCACCCAUAUGCUGUCCGUGGCCCUUGUUAUGCUGCUGUUUUCAAGGAGGUAGAUGAGCCUCUGCAACUGGAUAUGUCUGAAUUAUGUUUGAGUGAUGAUUUUUCUCAAGGAAACGAUGAUUCUUCAGAACGAGCUAAUACAGUCAGGUACGAGGUUAUGGAAGUUCCGAUCAAUUUACCAUUCCAGAAGCCUCCUGCUGAGAAACCUAAUCCCAAACAAGGAGUUGGCAUUUUGUCAUGGAGCAACGAUAGCCAAUAUAUAUGCACUCGCAAUGACAGUAUGCCUACAGUGCUUUGGGUAUGGAAUAUCCGACAACUUGAGCUUACUGCAAUCUUAGUGCAGAAGGACCCUAUUAGAGUGGCAGCUUGGGACCCAACAUGUACUCGCCUUGUUUUUUGCACCGGAAGCACACACUUGUACAUGUGGACCCCGUCCGGUGCAUUUUGUGUUCGUGUUCCUCUACCGCAAUUUUCAAUUACAGACCUGAAGUGGAAUUCUGAUGGCAGUUGUCUGCUCCUUAAGGAUAAGGAGACAUUCUGCUGUGCUGUUGUACCCUUAUUGCCAGAAUCUAGUGAAUACAGCUCAGAUGAAUAA